AGUGAAUUUUUUUUAAGUGUUAUAAAAUUUUACAAUAAAAAAACAAACAAAAUGAGCAAAUUCUUGACUUCUGCCGAUAUUGAAGAUGGUAAAAUUGAGUAUGACCCCAAGACCGGUGCCAGCACUCAAUACCGUGUCAUUGAGGGUGGUUAUGAAAUGAUAACUACUACUCCCCAACCUAAUGGUGGUAUUAAGACCUCGACCAGAACUUUCUGGGAUCCUAAGCCCGUUAGUGAGGAAGAUAUGAAAAAGGAGCAGGCCAAUAAAAAGGUCAUACAGCAACGCAUGAAUAAGGAGAUCCGUAUUGAUGAGAGAACCACUAUGUUGACUCGUGCCAUUGAGGGUGGUUAUGAGGAGGUAUACACCACCAUCAAUGAAGAUGGUACUAGGAGCACUAAGACCAAGACCUUCUUCGAUUCCGUACCCGAAGGUACACCCUUCCCCGGUCAAGCUCAACAACCUAAACAGCCCGGUAACAAGAAGACCAUUACACGCAAGUCUUCGGUAGAAUCUAACGACUCCACCGAUAACCGCAAAUUAGUCCAAAAGGUCAACAAGAACCAACAAUUGCAAAACGUCCAACAACAAACCACCUCCAAUGUCCAACAACAAUCCACCUAUCAUGAGACUCGUCGCACUUCUCAAAACAUUGAGAUAACCGAAAACAAUCGUACCGUACGCAAGAACUCUUUGCAAACUGAACAAAACAUUAGACAAGUCACCUCUUCCAAUGUAACCGACGGCAAGGAUAGCAAGACCAAGAAGACUAAGAAGCCCAAGUCUACUGCUCCCCCACCACCAGCUGAUUUCUUCCAAAACGAUACCACCACUGUAUCCACCAAACGUGUGCCUGGUGGUCAUGAGUACACUUAUACCACUCAAUUGGAAUCGGGCAAAACUAUUACCACCUCCAAGACCGUCUACGAAGAGGAGGAAGUCGAAUUGACCGAAGAAGAAAUCAAGGAAUACAAGAAAACUUUAAAGGAUGCAGAAAAGCACAAGAAUGUGACCACCACCAAGAAAUUGAAAUCGGAGUCGGGCACCAAGAAAAUUGUACCCUCUGAAAAUCCCGGUGAUGUUACCACCGUCGAAACCAUUAAGAUUGAGGGUGGCACUGAAUAUCACUAUACCACCGUUACCGCUGAGGGUAUUGUUAAGAAGGCCGUUAAGACCGUCUACGAUCCCGUGCCAUCCUCCAAUCCCGAGGAUACCGAAGAAGAGGAAAUCAUUGAAGAGUACGAAGAGGAAAUCAUUGAGCCCGGCGAGAAGAACGUUAGAACUAUUGAGACCAUCAAGAGUUUGCCACAUAAAUUUGAAGAGGAAGUUACCAUCACCCACGAAAAGAAGGAGAAGAAGACCAAGAGAUCCAUGGUUGUCGGCCAUUAAGCAAUUGUGUGGACAAUAAUGAUGAUGAAGAAGAAAAAAAUCGUUUAACAUUUUA